ACACAAAACAACCACUGAACACUCAACCAAUGUUUGAGUUGGACGACAAAAGAAGCUCCUAAGGAUCUGUAACUACAUUAUGAGUGAAGUGUAACAAGGAGCGACCAGUUGCAAAGCUCUGCUCCAUCUUUAUUAUCUGUAUAUCACCAAUGACUACACUAUAUUUAUGUUAGCUACACACAAGAGAGAGUGUGAAGAGGACAAAAAGAGACUUACUCCAAAAACCACGCUGGCAGAAGAUGGGAUUGAUAUCAUAGGAGCUACUGGGAAUUUAUUGAAGUUGCUGUAGGGUCAAUAUCCUAACUCAUUGAGAGUAAGAUCUCGCAUAGGCCAGCAGUUGGACUGAAGAAGAGAACCCCUGGAUGUGAUUGACGGUUUUUGGGAGAAAUGCAACAAAAUAUUGUCGCCCUUCCAUUCACGGAAACAGCAGAUAACUAUUAAAAAGCUGGACAUGAUGCAUUUUUCUGAAAACAGUUUGUGGUUUGAAGGGAGUAAUGAGUUCCGCUGGCACAGCAAAAUCUAAACAAGCAGCAACUGUACCCACCAAUAUAGAGGGCAAUGAAGUUACCCCAGGCUCAACUAAGGAACAGACGGGAGCAUCUAGCACUGUGGCGGUGCCUCAACAGCCUCCACGAUUGGAUGGAAGCACUGCAGGACAGAACAUUCCUUCAGUGAACCACGUUGACUGUGCCUGCACUGUUGAAGGAGAAGAUCAAGUAGACUCUUAUAGAUUAAAUAGUCAAACAAAACCCAAGCCCAGCUGCAUUAAAAACUUCAAACAUCAACUGAUUUUUGCUUUUCCUGAGAGAGAAGAGGCACCAUUUGAUAUAUCGGCACGUGAUGAAAAACGGAGCCAUUUUUUCCUGUACAAAUACAGGGAAGCUGGUCGAUUCCACAGUGGUUUGGCUGUACUUUUCACGGUUAUUGUGGACGGCAGGAACUAUCUUCUGUAUUGUGGAAAUGAUGAAAAACUUCAUUUUAAGGAAGGAGAACGCCCAGUAAGCAUAAUGUCAGAAAGAAGCGAAUUUAUUUUCUACCAAAAGGCGUUUUCCUCCGGAACUUCUUCAUUUAGAUUUGAGUCAUCAAUGAAACCGGAUUAUUACCUCGCAUUCCAAGAGGAGGAUAAUAAGCAAAAACUGGUUUUAAAGUAUUGUCCUCAAGGCGUUUUUAAUGAAGCAAUAAAAUUAAUAAUCAUAUAAAAAUGUAUCACAAUAUUUAAACUCAAAUACUACAAAGAAACUGCUGUAUUAGCUGAAACAAAGGCUAACAAUUAAAACAAAUUUUACACGAAAA